AUGGCAUCGUCGCAAAAGGCCUGGGAGCUCGAAGACCGGCCCUCGCCGACCUUUCAUCAACAACCACAACAACACGCGCCCGCGAACGGCUCCGCACAAAAUGCCGUGCCAGAACAUAGGUGGCCUUUCCAGGAGGUAGAGGACGACAAGCAGUCUCCUCAGUGGCCCUUCCACGGCGAGGACGAAGCCAAGAAACCGCCCCCCACGUCGUUGCAUCCGCCGCCCGCAGCUGGCCCGCCAUUUCAACGCCAACCUUCAGUCAGUCCGAGUCCGAGGCCAAGCCAUACCCGCCAUGUGCUUAGCUACUGGGCCCUCGAGCUCCUCACGGUGUUCGUCGCGGUCGGCCUUCUCGUUGCCAUCAUCGCCCUCCUCGCGUACUACGAUGGCCGCUACAUGCCAGAAUGGCCGUUCGAGAUCAACCUCAACUCCGCCAUUGCCUUUCUGUCGACCUUUCUUCGGGCGGCCAUCGUCGCCGCUGUUGCGGAGAUCAUCGGCCAGAUCAAGUGGACUUGGUUCACUGAGCAGACGCGCCCGCUUCACCACCUGCAGGACUUUGAUGCGGCCAGUCGGUCUAUCCUCGGCUCCAUGAAACUCCUGGCGGUGUUGAUAUGGAACAUGGGAUUUACAUCUGCUGGCCUGCUUGCCAUUGGGGCCGCGUUGGUAACCAUCGCCAGUUUGUCCGUCGGCCCCGUCACACAGCAAGCCGUCAGAACCAGCACAUGUCCUAUGUUGCAGGACCAUAUCAACUCUUCCAUUCCGGCUGCCAACUAUGUCCCCGGAUCAUCAGCUUACUACCGAGUGGGUGCGGGCUCAUAUGAGAUCGAGGUGGACAUGAAGAGUACCAUGAUCCAGGGCAUCACAGACCCAAACAGCCAGUACAGCAACGUCCAAGUCAGCUGCCCCAGUGGUAACUGCACAUGGCCGGACUACGGCACAGGCGUCACGCACGCGAGCAUCGGCAUGUGCAGCAAGUGCAUUGACACGACGAGCUUCGUCAGCGGGCCCAACAACGUGAGCAACAUCACGCUGCCUGAUCAAGGCGCUUUCAUCAACAUCAUGUCUGGCAAUUACAUGUGGAUGGGGUACAGCAACCUCAGCGCGUACACCAGUCUCUUUACUGAGGAUUUUGCGGCGGCGUCGGCAGUCUCGCUUGCGAACUUUAGCAUGCUCAUGAUCUCGAGCUCGCCUUGCACGUCGGACAACUCGACGGGGAUACCCAAGCUCGAGUGCCCGCAUCGCGUCACCGAAACAAAUAUGAACUCCUAUGGUGAUCUCGGAGACUACAUCGCCGCCUCGUGCGUUCUGUACCCUUGCAUGAAGGAGUAUUUCGCCCAGUACGAGAACAACACUCUGACAGAGAAGCUCGUCCGUACCACGACGGCGGUACCCAAUAAGGCCGAGCUUGGAUCUCAGGGCUCGUAUUAUUACUCGGGAUACGGUAACUACACAGCCCGCCGGAGCCCAUGCGUGCUUGACGACGGCACCUGGUACGACUUCAACAAUCAGAGCGACGCCCUCGACGUCCCGGGACGCACCUGGACGAACUAUACCAUCGCCGACAAUGACAUCCGCCUGGUACCUAACGCCUGUCUGUACAAGAUGGACGGCACAUUCUUUUCGGCGUUGUCCAGUUUCCUCAGCGUCGAUCUCUUUAGCGCCACUUGUAGAUACGACAACAUGCAGAGCGGCCAUCUCAACUGCUUCGAGUCAUGGUGGCUGACGCCGUUGUGGGCCGAGAAGAAUGCGACGGUAGCCAGUCUGACCAGCGCCAUAGACAGCUUUGCAUGGGCCGUCACCAACAAGUUCCGCAUGACGGGUCUUGGUCCCGACAUCCAUCGGGGCGUCGACGCCCUCAAGAACCGGGGCGCCCAGGCACUCGGCGAAGUAUGGGCGAGUAGCACGUGCACCUACUUCGACAGCAAGUACAUUGCGCUGCCCGCCGUCCUCGUCGCCUGCUGCGCCUUCCUCCUUGGCUGGGUCAUCAUCAAGAACUACACCGACCCGGAGCAGCCGGUGUGGAAGGGCAACGUGCUCCCGCUGCUCUUCUUCGGGCUGCAUGAUAAAAUGGGUCCGCAAGCCGGAAUCGGCCCUAGCGCUACGAGCGAACCGGGCCAGCCGAGGGAUGGCGGGAGACUGGCGAGGAACAUGUCGUUCUUCCGGGAGAAUGGCCGCGCGGCGCCGGAGCUGGACAGGAUCCAGCAGGAGUCGGGACGGAUGUGGGUGCGGUUCCACGGCGGAACAGACCCUGGUUUCUUGGAUCUGGGCACGAAACGGCAUGACCCGGAGGCUGCGAACUCGGGGCUGGUGUCUGGUAACUUGGGGAAUAAUGAUUUCCGCGGAAGGCCGGCGGGUAGAUAA